CUGUACAUGAACCUGUUCCUAGUUCUUGGAAUCGCCUGUAGGUGGCGAACGAGUUAUUUUAUAAACGUCAAAAUCAUAUGUUUGGCAAAACAAUUUUUCCUCCUCGCAAAAUUUUGUCGCGAAACUUUCAAAAUUAUAUAAUUUUUCAAAAAUGAUGAUCCGUGGUGUGGGCUGCGGAGUCCCGUUUGUUUUGGGAGCUGCUGCCGUCGUGAAAGCUUCAGAAAACACCGGCACCCCCGUCGCAGGAGAUGCUAGCAAAGCAACAAAACCCAUCGUUUGUAAGCCAUCGGAGCUGCCCCUUUACCGGCCAAUCAAUCAAAAAGUAACCUGCGAGUGCGAAGGCCACAAGGAGAGCGUUCCCUCCAAGCCCGUUCAAGCCAUAGAAGAAGGAAUCCGUGCGGUUCGGGUGCAGGUGUCCGAUGCAUCGCAUCUGCUGACGGACCAGAAGAAGCAAGUUGUCCAGUGGUAUGAGGAUGGGAAGAAGCAAACUAAAUUUAUUCGUGAUUACCUAAACGAAGAGGACAACACGAUGCCUCGUGUGGGUGCGAUAGCCAUCGGCGGUUUAGCGGGUUUGAUUUUCGGACUCCGAGGUGGAUUCAUCCGUCGUCUGCUGUACACGUCGGUCGGUGCCGGAGGCGUUGCGUCGGUCUGCUACCCCCAGGAAGCGGAACUGUACGCCCAGCAUGGUUUGGUAGAAGCGAAGAAAUUUGCCACCAUCGGCUACAACUUUGUGUACGGUGUGAAGCCCGGCGAUGAACAACUCGAACUGCCAACAAUUCCUACCAGCAUUGGUGAACUAAAAGACAGCGUUUCAGGACUUGCAAAAUCUGCAUAUAAUGUGGUGUUUCCUGAUAAAAAAUAAAUACUGACAGUACUAAAAUUGAUUGUGGUGACUUUGUUGGAAAAAUAUAUGGCAAAUGAAUAGUGAA